GUGGAGGGCUCUCUCUAGUGUCAGCCAGCGGUAAAAACAUGACCAGGUUUGAGCUCCUGGAACCAGGGACUCCUAGAUUUCCAAUAAAUGCAUUUACUUAAUUUUAACUUCCCUUCCCAGAUUCUCACCCCCACCCCCCAUCCCAUAUUAAAUUUCAGCCUGCGCCUCUACCCUUAUUACACUGCGCGAAGGCGGUCAGGAAGCCUCAAAGUAGGAUUUUAGGAAGCCCAAGAGGCCCAGUUUUAGCGAGCCGACCCCGACCCCGCCGCAAAAGGGAUGCGGGGCGCAGUGUGACACCACCCACCAGUUUUAGGAUCCGAAUGCAGUCUUCUAGGUUGCGUCUUUCGGGGUUCCCCACCACGCGAGAGCACCUCCCGAAGCCCACUCCGGAGACUAAUUUGGAGGGGGCCCCGAGUGGUCCUAACUCUGUGGAAGGCCAUGGGGAGGCGGGGCAACAACCUGGGAGCGCGCCAGUGCGCGCGCUGUGGUGGGCGCGCCGGUUUCGGCCGCUUCCUAACCAUGUCUGCACGGUUUCGGAGAAAUCAGAUUCGGAAAUUCCAAAACCGGGCCAGGUUCGGCCUGGCAGCUCUUAUUCUAAAGAUCUUGGGCGGAAAUCGAGCCAAGCUGGGUUCGCCUUCUUGCCAGCGUAGGCGGAAGGGGCUUUCGGUUUAGUUUCCCUCCAGGUCGGCUGGGAGGCGUAGGAUGGAGACCAUUGACCCUAGGGAGGUUCUUCAUCUUAUUGAUUUUGACACCUCUCCUAACCAUCCCCCUUACAGGGAAAAAAAAAAAAAAAGAAAAAGCAAGCAAAAAGAAAAAUGACGCACCAGGCAAACAAACGUCGGAAUUGGGCAAUUUUAAGUCAUGAAAUGAGCUUCGGAUUGCACCCGGACCCUUGGGUUCUAACCCCGGGUCUGCUACUAACUUGUCUGGCUUUCAUGUUUACAAAACUGUGGUGCAGCAGGGUUGGGCUGGGCGAACUCUGAGAGGCCUGGAGCGGGCGCGGGCGAGGGAUUUAGGGGAAAGGGUGCCGUAUUCCCCGCGUGCCUCCCCCGUGCCCCCCUCCCCGGGUGAAUCCCCAGCGGCCCGCGCCGCGCACGCAGCGAUCCUGGCGGCCGUCGGGGGCCGGCAGCUUCCUGGAAAGUUACUUCUCGUUGGAGCGGGCAAUAGGCAGAGAGUGUUCUGUGAAAUCCGCUGAGCCGAGAUCGACUACGUUCCGGGAAUGAGAAGGCUGUUCCAUUCCCCUCGCUGCCCCCUGCCUUGACGGCGUAAGAGGAAAAAGAAAAGGCACACGCACAAUGUUAGCUACUGAGGUGCACGAAAAGUCUUUGAAUCUAACCAAAUUAAGGGCCUUUACCACGGUCGUUCCACCGGGUUUCCGCCGUGCUAGCGGGGGCUUGGAGGCGGAUGGGCAGCGGUGCCCGCCGUACGUCCGGGUGUGGGCUGUCCCUGGCCGACAGGUAUUGUGUCUGGGGGUGGGCGAAUGUGCGCCGGGCUUGUCCCUGAGCGCAGGGCUCCUGUUUUGUGCUCUUGUGUGUAAGCUAGAGAACGGGGCUUCCUGUGCCAGCAGAGGAAGGAGGAAGAGGAUGGGGUCUUUUCGUAUUGGCUCGUUCUCUCUAACCUCGCCUCUCGCUGUCCUCUGCUGUCUUUCUCUCCUGCAUCUCUCUUUCCCUCUCCCUUCUUCUGUCUUCUCGUCUCCUCUCUCUCUCUUUUGCUGUUGUUUUUGGGUCCCCUUUUUUUCUUUUCCAGUGGGAAGCCCCUCUAGAGGAUCUGCCUUCUCCCCAAGGUGCUUACUUCCGAAUACGCGGGGAAAGCGCCAAAGGAGAGGGAGGCUGUGGGGGUGGAGAAGAUAACCUUUAACUCUUGCUUGGUAGUUACUGCGGCCGGUGGGGCGAGGGGGAAGGGGGAGGAAGGAAGGGGGGCGCCCAGGUCUGGGCUUGAGUUGUUAGUUUCUGGUUGAUGGGCCUGCCCUCUUGCGGUGUUUUGUUUUGUGUGUGAUGCGUCUUGCGGGUGGCAUCUGUGGUAUGGCCAGAGCUAAAAGACUGGUUUUGAGCAGGACUUUGCUAGGGAUUAGCUUUGAAAUGUUGGGCAAGGCUUAUCUCCUGGAGCCUCAGUGUCCUCUCUGCUAAAGCAGUGGUUGUAAGGCUCAGAUACGAUAGUGGAUGGGACAGGGCUGUGUGGUGUGGAGAACACAAAACAAAACACGUACUGGUGCUCCUUCCACACCUCCUGUAUCUGGAGGGAUGCCAAGGUUACUCUCAACCACUUUAACCCACCGCCUCACCACCUGUGGGGGCUGCUAAAACAGAGCUAGCUUCAAAAGGUGUGGACUGAAUGAGGAUGUGGGCAUCGGUGUAUGUGGGUUUGGUUUUGACCAGGCCAGGGAGAGGCUUAAGGUCAAAAUUGCCCAGCCCAGGGCCUGGCCCACAGUAGACACAGGGGAAUUGUUUUGUUUAUUUAUUUGUUUCAGUCUGCAUUUGGAGUGAGUCACUGCCACUUGUCAUGUGAAAUGGUAAAUCUGGGCUUCCUGUGGUUGGAAAUCCACAAGGGAGCUGGUGGUUGGAGCUGAUGAAAGGACAACCCAGGUAUUCCAGAAGUGGGUGGGAAUCCCUUUCAUGAUGGAGACAGUUGAUAUAAAUCUCACACGGGUCUUCAGCAUCCUUUUUCAAAGGAGACCUUUGUUAAAUUUUGAGUAGGACUGUAUAUUAUAGUGCGUCUUGCCUCUCUUUAGCCAUCUUGAGUGAGGGCGGGAGAGGAGGAGAUAGGUCCUUUCGCCUUUUUCUGUCCUCUCCCUUUCCCCGAUGCCUUCGCCCUGGUCCCUGCUCACUCACAUGCAUACACUAACCUUGAAGCUGAGGAGACUGAGUGACUGGCCCUUGAGACCACAGAGAAAUGUCAGAGUGUUUGGUUACAGACUCAAGGAAACCUCUCAUUUUAGAGGGCUCGUUUGGUUUUAAGCAAAAUUUUGGACCGUGAAUCAAGGCACUGGGUGAAGACAAAAUGGCCUCACCGGCGGACAGCUGUAUCCAGUUCACCCGCCAUGCCAGUGACGUUCUUCUCAACCUUAACCGCCUCCGGAGCCGUGACAUCUUGACUGAUGUUGUCAUUGUGGUGAGCCGUGAGCAGUUUAGAGCCCAUAAGACAGUCCUCAUGGCCUGCAGUGGCCUGUUCUACAGCAUCUUCACAGACCAGUUGAAAUGCAACCUUAGUGUGAUCAAUCUGGAUCCUGAGAUCAACCCUGAGGGGUUCUGCAUCCUCUUGGACUUCAUGUACACGUCUCGGCUCAAUCUGCGGGAGGGCAACAUCAUGGCUGUGAUGGCCACGGCUAUGUACCUGCAGAUGGAGCAUGUGGUUGACACUUGCCGAAAGUUUAUCAAGGCCAGUGAAGCAGAGAUGGUUCCUGCCAUCAAGCCUUCCCGUGAGGAAUUCCUGAGCAGCCGGAUGCUGAUGCCCCAAGACAUCAUGGCCUAUCGGGGUCGUGAGGUGGUGGACAACACCUUGCCGUUGAGGAAUGCCCCCGGGUGUGAAAGCAGAACCUUUCCCCCGAGCCUGUACAGUGGCCUGUCCACACCACCAGCCUCCUAUCCCAUGUACAGCCACCUCCCGGUCAGCAGCUUCCUCUUCUCUGACGAAGAGCUGCGGGAUGCCCGGAUGCCCAUGGCCAACCCCUUCCCCAAGGAGCGGGCCCUCCCCUGCGACAGUGCCAGGCCAGUUCCCAGUGAGUACAGCCGGCCGACCAUGGAAGUGUCCCUCAGUGUGUGCCAUAACAACAUCUACUCGCCCAAGGAGGCAGCUCCUGAGGACGCACGAAGUGACAUGCACUACAGUGUGGCUGAAGGCCCCAAGCCCGCUGCCCCCUCAGCCCGGAACCCCCCGUACUUCCCCUGUGACAAGGCCAGCAAGGAGGAAGAGAGGCCCUCCUCAGAGGAUGAGAUUGCCCUGCAUUUCGAGCCCCCCAAUGCACCCCUGAACCGGAAGGGUCUGGUAAGUCCGCAGAGCCCACAGAAGUCCGACUGCCAGCCCAACUCACCCACAGAGUCCUGCAGCAGCAAGAAUGCCUGCAUCCUUCAGACCUCUGGCUCCCCUCCAGCCAAGAGCCCCACCGACCCCAAAGCCUGCAACUGGAAGAAAUACAAGUUCAUUGUGCUCAACAGCCUGAACCAGAAUGCCAAACCUGAGGGCCCUGAGCAGGGUGAGCUGGGCCGCCUUUCCCCUCGAACCUACACUGCCCCACCUGCCUGCCAGCCACCCAUGGAGCCCGACAACCUUGACCUCCAGUCCCCAACCAAGCUCAGCAUCGGCGGGGAGGACUCCACCAUCCCGCAGGCCAGCCGGCUCAAUAACAUCGUCAACAGGUCCCUGACAGGCUCCCCCCGAAGCAGCAGCGAGAGCCACUCCCCGCUCUACAUGCAUCCUCCCAAGUGCACCUCCUGUGGCUCGCAGUCCCCGCAGCACACGGAGAUGUGCCUCCACGCCGCCGGCCCCACCUUCCCUGAGGAGAUGGGAGAGACCCAGUCCGAGUACUCGGAUUCCAGCUGUGAGAAUGGGGCCUUCUUCUGCAAUGAGUGUGACUGCCGCUUCUCUGAGGAGGCCUCGCUCAAGAGGCACACCCUGCAGACCCACAGUGACAAACCCUACAAGUGUGACCGCUGCCAGGCCUCCUUCCGCUACAAGGGCAACCUCGCCAGCCACAAGACCGUCCAUACGGGUGAAAAACCCUAUCGUUGCAACAUCUGUGGGGCCCAGUUCAACCGGCCAGCCAACCUGAAAACCCAUACUCGAAUUCACUCUGGAGAGAAGCCCUACAAAUGCGAAACCUGCGGAGCCAGAUUUGUACAGGUGGCCCACCUCCGUGCCCACGUGCUCAUCCACACUGGCGAGAAGCCCUAUCCCUGUGAAAUCUGUGGCACUCGUUUCCGGCACCUCCAGACUCUGAAGAGCCACCUGCGAAUUCACACGGGAGAGAAACCUUACCAUUGCGAGAAGUGUAACCUGCACUUCCGUCACAAAAGCCAGCUGCGUCUUCACUUGCGCCAGAAGCACGGUGCCAUCACCAAUACCAAGGUGCAAUACCGCGUGUCCGCCACUGACCUGCCUCCGGAGCUCCCCAAAGCCUGCUGAAGCAUGGAGUGUUGAUGCUUUCCUCUCGAGCCCCUUCUCAGAAUCUACCCAAAGGAUACUGUAACACUUUACAAUGUUCAUCCCAUGAUGUAGUGCCUCUUUCAUCC